GCCUUUGUUAUUGUUCUAUACUGGAUGUCCUUUGGUUUUAAAGUUCUCAUUGCACGCAUGAUGUUUUGACGCCGCUUCCAGGAAUUUCACCACAAUUUCGCCUCCGUUUGGUAGCGGAAUAGCUGUUUGGACAUGAUGGAUAUAUAGCGAGCAAUACAGCGAAACGAUGUCGUACAAGCAAGCAGCUGCGUGUCCUGCGAGCCAGUAGAGCACUACGUUUGCCUUGAUCUAAGGUCUCCCAUGUAGAAAGCAUACUGCGUAUCGCAGCCUGGCCAAGCAGUGGUUGUGACUGCCUUUCCAAACAACGGAGGCGGAAUUCACUGUAGGACGCCUACAGAUGGAUUCAACAGCGGAUGAGUCGUCGUUUUCAUCCACUGUUAGCGCGGAUCUCCGUGAGUCUCCCAGUGGAGGUAAUGCAGAUGAAGGAGGGCACUGCACAGCCGAUGAAGAACCAUUCGUGUCAGUCAUUGAAGUGGAGCCUUUUAAUUUCUUUUGCGAUAGUGAGAGCGGUUCAGAAGAUGAGGAGAGCAUGCGUGAUGCUCACGUCAAACAUUCCGGAAAUGACGACCCAGAAAACGAUGCAGAAGACCCCAAUGGCAACAAUACCUCCGGGCCCAUGCUCGAGUGCCCACGGUGUCCUUUCAAGACGCCGCAGCGUAUAAAUUAUGUACGGCAUCUGCGACGUCACUUGCGACAGGAUGCAUCCAGCCUGCAGUGUCCACACUGUGACGCAAAGUACAUUGACAGCGUGUCUCUGGACCGCCACAUUGCCCUGCAUCAGGGCAAAGGCCGAAAGCCUGCACUGCCCUGCACCAUCUGUGGCACCAACUUCACCAGGGAAGAUGCACUGAAAGAGCACCUCGCUUUGCACGAACAGCAGGAAAAACAAUACAAGUGCACCGUGUGUCAGGAGUCGUUUGUUGCGUACAAAGAGCUGAUGGCCCACAAAGCGCAACACCCACGCAGGCCAACUCACAUAUGCAAAGUGUGCGGCCAAGGGUUCAUGCAGUCUGAGAGCCUGCGUAGUCACAUGGCACGGCACGGUGGCAGCCGGGAGUAUGGGUGCAAAGUCUGUAACAAACGCUACCUCACCCUGUCAGUCCUCAAGAAGCAUAUGCUCACGCACACAGGAGAAAGGCCACACCAGUGCACCACAUGUGGCAGCAGUUUCACAUUACGGUGCCACUUGAUUGCCCACAAGCGAACGCACACAGGUGAGAGACCAUUCCGGUGCCCAGCUGAAGGGUGCCCAGAAGCAUUCACGACAUCAUCAGGUGCAAAGCGUCAUUACAUGAGAAUACACCUCCAACCUAAGAAACGAAAAGGUUCUAAAAAGGGAGAAAAACCAUCAGACGAAGGCACAGGUGCCACACCUGCGGAACCUGUUGCAGCCCCAACAAACCAUGAAAAUCUCACAGACUCACCUAAUGAAAAAGAUAUAGAAAACGAAUCUCCCCCUCUCCAUGAGGCAACUGCGGACAAAGAUGAUGAGGAAUGGGACCAUGACCUAGAAGCAAAACUGGCCGAAUUUGAGGCCCAGACAAAGAGUGGCCCCCCUUACCAGUGCUCCAAGUGUCCCUCCACAUUUCCCACUUUGAACGGUGUUCGGGCCCAUGCCAUCGUCCACAUUGGGCCCCGAUACUUCGAGUGUUCCGUGUGCACUAAAGCUUUUGCUACCUCUCAGGCAGUACGGAGGCACAUGUUGAAGGUGCACAAGGUUCGAUAUAGGCACCCGUGGGCACAGAAUUUUGUGGUGCCAAAUGUGCCAACAACUGCUACGUGAAAUAGUGAGACUUCGAAGGUGACCUACUCAACAGCCAUCUUUCAAGCAUCAUAUCGAUCGUGUCCAGAUAUAGCAGCUCUAUGCUAAACAUGUGAACUUUGAGGAUCUUCACUGGCUGAAUGCAAGUGAGGAUGCAUGCUGGAAGCUUCAUUUGUCCUCAUAGGUAAUACAACUCUGUUCGUGUGGAGUUCAAGCAACGUUCCCUGGAACAGGUUAGAAUCGAACAGGGGUGCAUGUUUAAGUGCAUUGUUUUAAUUUUGGGAGCACACGAGUUUGCUCGCACUUCAGAAGUAGUGUUGUUGUAACGUAGUAGUCACGCAUCAUAAAUUACUUUGAGCUAGAUGACCACAAAUUGUGACAAAAAAUUGCUCACCAGUACAUGCAUCACAGUGUCCCUGCAUUACUGUGUUACUCUGUAAACGACACCAAGUAGGACAUGGCCUGCAGGGUCUGCACGUGAACGGCAAAAUUUGGAUUCUGAAAUCAGUGUGAUACAAGCUUUGCAUCUUCUAAAUGCAAGUGAGCACAGCAGCCUUUUGUGGUGAUCCUAUACAUGUAGUGAAACACCAUAUAGAGCAAAUCUGCAGGAAAUCUGUACUGAUUCGUUGUCAUGUACGGUCAUGUCUCGCUUAUCUCGACAGCGAAUUUCUGGAUAAGCAGAUCAAGUGCACGGAUGCAUGCAGUUCCAUUAAUCCAGUCGGUCACACCGGGGAAACAAAAAGAGAGAAAAUGAUCUUCUAGGACACGCUAUUUUAGAGACUUACACAUUUUUAGAUUUUUCCUGGAGAAUGUUCUAGAUCGUAGCUUUUGCGACAUCAUCACCCAGUGCUUUUCUCGUCCAGGCAUGAAGGCUAGAAAUACUUUCACAUGGUUGGGAUAGCCAACAAUCGCAUGCAGACUUUUUGUGCCCCAGUAGAAGCUGGACACCUCUAGCACUUCUCGGUAGCCAUCAUACUGUCUGUCCACACCAGUACUUGACAUCCUGGUACAAAGAACAAAUUCUGAAUAACGGGAUAAAAACUAAUGUUAGCAAGUUUGCCCUUAUCACGCAGACUGGAUAAUGAAUCUUCCGGCUAACUGAGUUUUGGACAAGCGAGACAUGACUGUAUUUCUAUGUUGGAUAGCAGCGAGUGCUCGAGAACACCAGUUUUAGGUACCGUUCAGAUAUUGCACAACAUAAUCAAAAAUGCACAGCCCACGACUGCUGUCCACCCAAUGUCUCUCUUUCUCCUCAUUUUCAAUAUUCAAUCCAGUCUCGAAGGUGGUGAGCUUGGCAUUAGUCCUACAAUAUAUAUGUAUAUAUAUUUUCCUUUUCUAUUUGCUUAUACAUAAGGUAGGUUUCUCAUAGCGCACCUACGAAUGCAGAGUGGUUACGCCACCGAAUGACUCCACCAACAUCAGUUACUUGCAAUUUUAUCUAAUAAAAAUGCACUGUCACCCACUUCAGCCAUUUGUCCAUUAUCAUAUUAUAUUUUGCCUCACAAACACCCAUUUAUUUCCUCAGUGUGGUUACAGAUAUAGUUAGGGUCUGAGGUUUUUGGGAGAUAUUUUUUGCCAAAUUGGGGGGGAGGGGGGGGGGGGUUAAAGUCAAGUGGCGAAUGGCAGCAUCCAAUUCGGGUGGAAUUUUUUUUUUGAAUUAUGUGAUACAGGGAAAAAUCGGGUUUUUCAGGCUUGUGAUACAUAUCACAAAUGUAAAAAGAAAACAGCUUCCAAAAUAUGUAGUAACACUGCCUGUAACAAGAAGAGGACUGUGUUAAAAAAUAUAUGGUAAUACAAAUCUGCAUUGUAAUCGCAAAUCUGCAAAUGGAUUCGAGUACGCUGUUGUAACUUGUAACGCUGUUACAAGUCUUCACGUGAGAAACGCUUUCGUUUCCGCGUCCAAGUAGGACAGAAGACCGUCGGAAUUCCGUUACGUUCGGCGAUUCUUCAGCAACUUCAUUGUUUUCAGAACUAUCUAAAGCUAAGUUGCUACUAAGCUGCUUGGCGUUGGUUUGGCCGCGGUGCGGUACAGCCAUCGCGAACGGGCUGCAGGAAGCCAUGUGCGCCGCAAUGUUUUCCCGACGAUUUGAAGAAGCGCGCGCGUGACCUCGGAAAACCAAAUUUUUUCGCGUGCGAAGCCUGUACGCCAGAAUCUUUCGACUACUGAGGUUCGCGCGCGAACGCUUGUGGGCGACGAAGUGGCAACAUUGCCGCCCAUCACUCGCUAUGUCUGCGUCCCAUGCGUUUCGGGUGGUCGUCAGCGAGCGUCUCUUCGCCGCGCGUACAAUGUCACGGCGUGCGCGCGACGUUUUGACGCCCCGGGAACGUCCGUGCGCGUCCCAUGCGCUUCGCCGUCGCGGCUGCGGUGUCACCUCCUUCCGCCGGUGAUCCCUCCCUGUUUCCCACUACCGUAAUCGUGCGCCGUGGUUCCGCGCCGCGCGACAAAAAGACCCACGGUUCGGGGAGAAAUCGGGUUUUAUUCGAAUCACUAAAUGUGCGAUUCGGGGGUAAAUUCGGGGAAGAAUCGGGUAAAACUCGAAAACCUCAGACCCUAGAUAUAGUGGGCUUCACUAGAGAGGGUCUUCAUAGUAGCCGAAGAAAAUGCUAUCUGAUCAGGCAGGGCAAGACUAGAACAUUUGCUGUCCAAAGCAGUAAGUUUAAACAAAUUAAGGCCAGCUUUGGUUAACUCUUCACAGGAUGCUUAUCCGUGACAUAUGUUUUUAUCUCCCAAAAUUGUUGCGGAUUGAACAAUAGUGUGCCAGUCAAUAUUUGUUCGAUGCACACCAUGCUGUAGUCUGCCUGAGUUGCAAUGUUGUUGCUCCCUAUGGUGAUGCUUGGUGAAGCUUGGUGAAGCUUAUGGUGCUGGUCACAGCUCACGGACGAGCCUCCUACAAAGUUCAACUUAGAGAGCGGUAUGCCCAUGUUCAACCUAAUGGCGGCAUAAAAUGAAGCUCAGAAACCCUGACAGAGUUACUCUGGCAGGGGAAUUAUAUGGCCUCACCAUCAGGUGCAGUGGUUUAUCCACAACCACAAGCGCAGCUGGGAUGUUACAAAAAACAGGUGACAGGGGUGGACAGGUUUGGGUAUAUCCACAGAUCCGCGCCACGUUUGUUUGCGGAUUGAGAUGUAGCGUUUUGAAGUCCACGCGAAUAAAAUGUGCAUAAAACAGGUAUCCAGAUCCACAGAUGUCUGCAUGUUAUCCGCAAAUAAGCAUUAGUGUAUCUGCAGACGUCCCCCAUAAGUGACAGCACACUAGAGCAUGCGGUGAAUCCAAAAUGGUGUGCUAGCCCUUGCAUAGCAGCCAAUAGAAACAAGUGUAGGGUGGGACUUAGAUGUGUUGUUUUUGGGUUGAACACGACUAUAGCUCAUUAGCACAUCACCAAAUGUUAGCCUCCACCUUGUGCCAGAACGAACAUGAUCCCACUAAUAUUUACAUCUGUGCGGACGGUGUAAAGGGAGACUGAAGGCAUGAUGUCUCUCGCUAUGGUUACGCCAAACAUUUGGGGGGAGAGAUUGCUUUUUUGUGUUAUAAGAGAGAAGGGUAGGAAGCGAAGCACAUGUCUGGGAGGGUGCGCAGAGGGGAAAAAAAUAAGAAAACCCAUAUAUGUCACUGGUGUGUGACAUAUGAAAGUGGUUUCACAUUACAAGGAGCUAGGCAGGCUUGUAGUUUCAAAUGUGGAUGUUCAUGUAAAUGCUCUCUGUGUGUUCUCGUGCCUGGAUUACAAGGUAACAUGUUCCUACUUGGUUUGGGGCUGGUUAGGAUGGUCUUAUGGAGCAAAUGAAUGUGUGUCACACACAUAAGUGCAUAAAGAUGAACAUGGAAAGAAAAGGCACAACGUUUGAUGGCUCACUGUAUCAGUGAUCUUACCAUGCUCUACAAACAUUCAUGUAAGUAUUUUAAUUUAGAACCCCUUCUCUUGCAAAUUCGGCACCUUCCUUGUCCUUUAGAGGCAAAUUCGGAAGAAAGUUGGGACUCUGGUCCCUGUGAACCCACAAACACAUAUGCGCAAAAAUGCACAUAUUUGGUUCUUGUGAACAAAAAUUUUACGAAGUGACAUUUUGAACUGCUGCUUUGUGGACUGCUUUUGUGUGGAAUGUGCUAGGUCAUAAAGUACCUGGUCAAAGUAGUGAUGUUAUGCCAUGUAAGACUUCUUUAUGAAGUCCUGACACAUUCAUACCUACCUGCAUGUAGAAAUUUGCACCCUACAAAUAUUGAAUAAAUGCUGCACAAGCACA